AUGGCCGUCAAUGUGUACUCCACAUCUGUGACCAGUGAGAAUCUGAGUCGCCAUGAUAUGCUUGCGUGGGUCAAUGACUCCCUGCACCUCAACUAUACCAAGAUCGAACAGCUCUGCUCAGGGGCAGCCUACUGCCAGUUCAUGGACAUGCUCUUCCCUGGCUGUGUGCACUUGAGGAAGGUGAAGUUCCAGGCCAAGCUAGAGCACGAAUACAUCCACAAUUUCAAGGUGCUGCAAGCAGCUUUCAAGAAGAUGGGUGUUGACAAAAUCAUUCCUGUAGAGAAAUUAGUGAAAGGAAAAUUCCAAGAUAAUUUUGAGUUUAUUCAGUGGUUUAAGAAAUUCUUUGACGCAAACUAUGAUGGAAAGGAUUACAACCCUCUGCUGGCGCGGCAGGGCCAGGACGUAGCACCACCUCCUAACCCAGGUGAUCAGAUCUUCAACAAAUCCAAGAAACUCAUUGGCACAGCAGUUCCACAGAGGACAUCCCCCACAGGCCCCAAAAAUAUGCAGACCUCCGGCCGGCUGAGCAACGUGGCUCCCCCCUGUAUCCUCCGGAAGAAUCCUCCGUCAGCCCGAAAUGGUGGCCACGAGACCGAUGCCCAGAUUCUUGAGCUCAACCAGCAGCUACUGGAUUUGAAGCUAACGGUGGAUGGACUGGAGAAGGAACGUGACUUCUACUUCAGCAAACUUCGAGACAUUGAGCUCAUCUGCCAGGAACACGAAAGUGAGAACAGCCCCGUCAUCUCGGGCAUCAUUGGCAUCCUCUACGCCACCGAGGAAGGAUUUGCACCCCCUGAGGAUGAUGAGAUUGAGGAACACCAACAGGAAGACCAGGACGAGUACUGA